AUGUCAACCGGUUUUUGCAUUCCAGAAAAGCGCGAACAGCUCAUUUUGACCGCCAAACUUGCCGAACAGUGCGAGCGCUACGAUGAGGUGUUGGUGUGUAUGAAGCGCGCGGUGAAGUUGGAUCCUCACCUCUCCCGUGAGGAGCGUAAUUUGCUCUCCGUGGCCUACAAAAACAUCAUCGGCGGCCGCCGCUCUUGCUGGCGUAGUAUCACCUCCCUAGAACUCAAGGAGGAGGCCAAAAAGGAGAAAAACCUAAACCUUAUCAAAGGCUUUAAACGGCAGGUGGAGAAGGAGCUGGCGGAGAUCUGCACCGACGUCCUGGAGCUCUCGGACAAAUACCUCAUCCCCGCUGCCGAUAACGACGAGAGCAAGGUCUACUACUACAAACUCAAAGGGGAUUACCACCGCUAUUACGCCGAGAUCGAGGCCAGCUCGGAGGCCCAGAAGAACCUCGCGCUGGAUGCCUACACCCUGGCCUCGGAGCAUAUCACCUCGUUGAAUGUGACCUCGCCGGUGCGGCUCGGGCUGGCCUUGAACUUCUCCGUGUUGUAUUAUGAGAUUUUAAAACGGCCAGAUAUGGGCUGUCAGCUCGCUCGCGAGGCCUUCGAGGAGGCCCUCAGCGAGCCUAAAGUGCUCGACGAGGAGCAAAAUAAGGAGGCCGCGCUGAUUAUGCAGCUCUUGCGGGAUAAUCUCGCGCUCUGGACAGAGGAUGCCCACCCGGAGAGCCCGGAUGACGGAACCGCGAUGGAGGAGCUUGAAUAA